UGUUUGUGCGCUUAAACAGUUUGAGUCCUGUCCCAAACAGAAAUGGAACUAAAAUGUAGUCACAUUACAGUAGUUGCACACUUUUCUGUUUUUGCUAUUUGAGGCCUGUUUCUGGCUAGCAGCGGAUGCCUUGUUUGAGACGGUGAACACAGGUGAUUGUUUUGAGCGGAAGAUGUCUCAGAAAGCAGCACCCAAGACUUCUUCACUCAUGGCCCUUCAUUCGGAUUCACAUAAGCAGAGCAUCCUGAGCAAGUUUGACAAGCUCAGGAAAAGGGACCUACUGUGUGACAUCACUCUUGUUGUGGAAGACGUGCACUUCAAGGCGCACAAAGCCCUGCUGGCAGCAAGCAGCGAGUACUUCUCCCUCAUGUUCACGGCAGAAGAUCAGAUGGGUCAGUCUACGUACCGGCUGGAUGGUAUGGCAGCUAAGAUGUUUGCAGCAGUGCUGGAGUUCAUCUACAGCGCCCAGGUGUCUGUGGAGGAGAGCGCCACGGAGCAGCUUCUGGCCACAGCUCGUCUUAUGGAGGUCAAAGACCUUGUCCAAGUGCUCACUGAACUCGCACGCUCUGCUGCAGCGGUUAGGGGUGAGGAGGUAAAGGCAGACAUAGAGGAGGUGCCAGAUGUGUUGAAACGCAAAAGAGGACGGCCAAAGAAAAACGUGGAUGUGACUGUAACAGAGGUGGAGGGGAGAAGCGCACCAUGCGAGGGCUUGGAGGAGGAGCGGACUGGAGACGUGGACUGUGAUAACGAUGAAGUAAUUGAGUCACAACCUAAAGACGAUGCAGAUUAUUACCCGGCAGCCCGCCAGAGCCGGCAAAGCAAACGCAAAAUCAGACCACCGGUAAAAUACAAGAGCUACAAGGUGGGCAGCGACGCAGCAGGAAGCAAAGAGCCUGGGAAGAGAGGCAGGAGAAGGAAAUACCCCAACACAGAGGCCCGAUGUGAGGACUGUGGCAAAGUGUUCAAAAGUCACCUCUUUUUAAAGCUUCACCAAAGGACUCAUACAGGAGAGAAGCCUUUUCGGUGCCUGGUUUGCGGAAAGAGUUUUACCCAGAAGCACACUCUGCUGGAUCACCAGCGCAUGCACACUGGAGUAAAGCCUUUUGUUUGUACCGUCUGCUCCAAGGCGCUCUCCACCAAACACUCCCUACAAGAGCACAUGAACCUCCAUGAAGAAGAGAAAUCCUUCAGCUGUGAUAAAUGUGAAAAGACCUUCACUCAGAAGAGGCAACUUAGAAGCCAUUACAGAGUUCAUACAGGCAAGUCGUUUCCAGAAUGUGCUCAAUGUCAUCACAAGUUCAUGGACACAGCUCAGCUGAAAAAGCACCUGAGAACUCAUACAGGCGAGAAGCCUUUCACCUGUGAGAUUUGUGGAAAGUGUUUUUCGGCCAAAAGCACACUGCAGACUCAUAUCAGAGUUCACAGAGGCGAGAAGCCAUAUGACUGCAGCAUCUGCAACAAAUCAUUCGCAGAUCCCAGUGCGAGACGACGACAUGUCGCCUCCCACUCGGGGAAGAAACCCUUCACCUGCUCCUUCUGCAGCCUUUCCUUUACCCGCCUGGACAAUCUGAAAACACACACCAAAUCCCACAACAAGGAAAGAGCUGCAACAACAGAGGCCUCGUCAGAUGCAGCGGACACCGCAGCACCACCAGAGGAGGUGCGGAACAUCCUGCAGCUGCAGCAGUACCAGCUGCCCUCCACCUCUGAACAGGAGAUCCAGCUGGUGGUGACGGGAGAUGUGGACAACAUAAACUUUGUGCCGGGUCAGGACCAGGAGAUCAGCAUCAUCACCACAGAGGGGGAGACUGCAGAGUCGGCACACUCCAGACUCACCCUCCUCACCCAGUCGUCAGGAAACGUGCAGAACGUGGCUCUGGUCACUCAGGGCGGUGGGGCGGACCAGAAUCCUCAGAUCAGUAUACUGGAGGGCCAGUCUGAACAGAUGCAUGUUAUCACUCUGAGUAAAGAGGCGAUGGAGCACCUUCAGGCCCAUCACGGUCCCCCGCAGCCCCUUCCGAUAGCACAACGGCCCGUCCAGCCGCUGGAGGUGAUGCACCAGCAGACCCAGCAGCUGGCUGCCACUCAGGAGGCCUCGCAGGGGGAAGUGAGCAGGGAGCAACACAGCCAAGCCAUUCAUAUCAGCAGCCAGAGCAGCCAACCCAUCUCCAUCAGCCAGACCAGCGAGCAGAUCUCCAGCCAUCACAUCCAGGGACAGACAUUUCAGAUCCAGGCAGGGACCGUGUCCUACCUGUACACCACUGGGCUGCCGCAGGAGAACUGAGCAGAGAACUGAAGCUGCCAAAUCCAAAGUGAUAAUGCUGCUACAUGACACAUUAAUAAUGGGGUGGAGUAAGAAUAUUUUUAAAGACAUAAGUCUUAAAGCAAAUUCUAUGUGUUAAAAUGAUCUGUUAACCAUUUUCCAAAGCAAACCAGAAUUUCUGUUUUUUUUUCUUUAGUUAGGUGUCUUCUGGGAAAACUCGGGCAUCUUUCAGAGUCAACUUCCAAAUGGCAGUACAUUUCACAAAUAUGUUCUUGCAAAAACAAACGCUGGAAGAUGAAUGCAGUAGAGCCGGACAGAUUCUGUAUUUGUGAGGCCAAUUUUUGGUUGAUAUUUAAGUGUCACAAAAAUCUGAUGUGUUAUACUGGCCAUUAUUCACCUUGUAGAUAAAUGCAUAAUAUACGCAAAUUCUUGUGAUGAGGAUCGUGGCAAAGAUAUGAACUAAGCAGAGUAUUUUACAGUUGAAGAAAGUUGCUUUGGCAUUUCUGUACUGAUACCUUCAAUGACCUCAUUUCAGUCUAGUUCGCAUAUCCAUACAUCAACCUUUUAAAAAACAUAAUGUCAAGUUGGCCACAUUUAUAUCGGGUGAUGGAGCUUUAAACUAAAUAUUGUUUUACUAUCUCAUGCAAGUUUUAGGCAUUACUUGUGCUUAUUUUCACACUGUACUGGACAUGAAUUGAAACCAUUUGCUGAGAUAAAUGCAUUCACUAUUUUUUAAUAAUUAAAGACCUGUAAUAGGAUUUAUGAAAUUGUCAGCAGUAAAACGAAAAAUAUGAAAUUUGUAGAAAUGUGUCAGUGUUUCAUCAAAUUCAUGGACUCAGUAUAGUGUUUUAUUAACAUCGAAUACAAUAUUUAAUUUCCAAUUGAUAGAUGGAAAAAAUGUCAUGUGAGACUGAAAUAUGGACCAAAGUAGUAUGAUGGUGCUACUGUGAAGGGAAGACAAACUUGUAUAUGACUGUGGUGGAGGAUGUUCUAAAACAUUCUGGAUAAUAAAAGGCCUUGUUGAAUGAAAAUAA